AUGAAGAUUUUGAGCUCCUUGCUUUAUGUAUCGCAGGGAUUGGGAAGAGAGUUGAGGUUCAAGAAGAGAUUUAAUUAUCCAGAUCCGGUUUUGGAUAGAGAAGCCUUGUUUUGUCCGAUUGAUGAGUUGUUUGAAAAUAGUGCCAUUGUAGAGUGCACAAACUCGGCUUUUGCUGGAUCCAAAUGUCGAUUUUCCUGUCCAGAAGGACUCGAUCUCCUCGGCCCUGGCGAUGGAGUCGACGAAUGCAGCUGUUAUGAAGAAACUGGUGACUGUACUUGGCUCGGAUCUACUCGCUUCUCAGACUGUUACGAACAAGAUAAAUUGUUCGCAGAGUUGGAGGAGCCAUUUUCAGUGAAGUUGAAAACUUCGGACACAUCUGAAUUCGAUCUUGAUCCAUUCGUCGGGAAGAGUUUUGACGAGAUCAAAAAAGAGUUUGCGAAGCAAAAUGAAGACUUCGAUCACCUGCCUAACAACGAGCGUGCCAUCGCUAGAAAAGCGCACAUGGCGGAUCUACGUUCCAAAUACAGUCAAGCAGUCGAAAUGUCAGAGUCGAAUUCCCAGAUCAUGGCUCGAUCUUUCAAAAAGUCGCCACUAACAACAGGUUCCUGCAAAGCAUGGGAUUUGCCGAAUGGAAAAAUCGACUGUUUUAUCGGGAAGAACAAGCAAAGUGGCGCAGGAAGAUUUCAAGAAGGGGCUGAAUGCAGAAGCAGUUGUUCUCAAGGCUUCAAACUGAGAAAGAAAGCUCCGAAGGUGAAGAAAUGCGUGUGCAAAAACAACAAAUGUCGUUGGGUAAAGAAUGCUCUCGUGAAGUGCAUUCCAGUAUCAGGAAACGCGAUCGGACGAAAAGUUAACAAUCCCUCUUUACCUUGGUGCAUCAACCUUGAGCACGGAAAAAAGAAGCUCGUCAGAAAUCGUGGCUGUUCGUGCCCACUUGGCUGGAAUGAAGAGGACAAGUGCUUCACCCCAACUGUUAAUCAAACGUCGAUGUGCCGAUUUGACGAUAAUUUCGUUGCAGAGGCUAGAGCAAGUUUAGAUUGCGAAGGUGUGAGACAAGAGAACUUCCAGAAUUCUGAGCUCAUUGUCCCUGGUAUCACAACUUCGGCAAAUUUGAGAAAUGCUGGAAUUCUUCUCAUCGCAAAGCCGAUUUUCGAAGGUGCUUACCGACUCGAAGAGCUGGAUUUGUCCCACAAUUUCCUUUCUUAUUUGCCAAAAGCCAUGUUCAAAACCAACGAUUUGCUCAGAACACUUAACCUUUCGGACAAUCAAUUGAAAAACAUCCGAUCGGACCUGCUCUUUGGAUUGAAGAAGUUGGAGCAGUUGGACUUGUCAAACAACCGUAUUGGCUCGCUCAAUAAAAAACUACUCAAGGAUGCUGUCAAACUCAAGACACGAUUUGAAAUGUCACUUCCGAAAUUUCGUUCCAAUCUCAACCUUGCUGGGAAUAAGCUCAAAGCGCUCCCCGGGAAAAUCUUCGAUGGUACGAAGAACCUCGAGCACGUCGAUUUCUCGAAUAAUAACGUCGCAAAAAUGUCCACAAACGCGUUUGACAAGCAGCAUUGGAUGAUGAAAACACUCAAUUUGGAGGAUAACAAUUUGAGCUGGAUAGGAAAAGCAGCAAUGAGCGGUUUGAAGAAUCUCCUCACUCUGAAUCUUUCGCACAACAACAUCAAAGAGCUGAAGACCGGUACUUUCUUCCCUAACCAAAAGCUAACGAAGCUCAUUUUCGACAACAAUAAAAUCAAGAAGAUUGCCGAUGAAAUCUUCUUGCCAAACUCUUGCCCGCUGAAGGCAUUUUUCAUAAAAGAAAACGGCAUGGAAGAUAUCAACGGAAAGUUCUUGCAAAAUUGCACGGAGUUGCGAUUUUUGUUCGUAUCUGAAAACAAGCUGAAGAAAAUUCCAUCAAAUUUGCUAAAGGAUAAGCCGGUUUUAAAGACAUUCGAUGCUUCAAGGAAUCAAAUCGCGUCGAUUGAUGGAAAAUUAUUUUCCGAAACUCCGGAGCUCCAAAACUUCUAUUUCAAUGAAAACGAGCUGGAAGAGUUCCCGAUUGAAAUCCUCGACAACAAGAAUCUGAAAGUGCUUGACUUGCACAAGAAUAAAAUUCGCCACAUGCCGCUGACCCGGAGCCGAAGCCGAGGAGACAAACCGCUGGAGAUUCUCGAUCUGCGUCAAAAUGACGAGCUGGGAGAAUUGGCACAGCUUUAUCACUCGAAGGAUUCAUGGUACGCUAAAAUGGGAGACAAAGAAGUUGACACUGACCCGCUGGACAACUUGAACUCCGCAAAUCUGGUGAAACAAAGAGCAGUUGUGAGAAGUGUGGAUCAAAUUAUCGCUGAACGAAGAGCUCUACUUCACGAAAAUCUCCUUCGGCAAGCUGCUCACCAAGACAUUAUUCGGGAACACGAUCUGUAA